CAAGUGUGAAUUUGUGCGUUGCAGGCUGCCAGGUGGUCAGCAUGGGGAAGCUAAAUGUGGUUCUUCUUCGGUAUCUGUCCAGAGAUGACUUCAGAGUGCUGACCGCGGUGGAAAUGGGUAUGAAGAACCAUGAGAUAGUGCCGGCAAGUUUAAUAGCCUCUAUAGCCAGUCUCAAGCAUGGUGGUUGCAACAAAGUUUUGCGGGAGCUGGUAAAACACAAACUCGUUUCAUACGACCGCACAAAGACUGUUCAGGGUUACCGGCUAAUUUAUGGGGGCUAUGAUUACCUGGCACUUAAAGCUCUGUCUUCCCGGGAUGUCGUCACUUCAGUUGGAAACCAAAUGGGCGUUGGAAAAGAAUCAGAUAUCUACAUUGUUGCAAAUGAAGAGGAGGAGCAGUUUGCAUUAAAACUUCAUCGUCUUGGAAGAACUUCCUUUCGCAAUCUUAAAAAUAAGCGGGAUUAUCACAAGCAUCGGCACAAGAUGUCAUGGCUCUAUCUGUCACGCCUGGCUGCCAUGAAAGAGUUUGCGUAUAUGAAGGCUUUAUACGACAGAGGGUUCCCAGUUCCAAAACCAUACGACUACAACAGACAUGCACUUGUUAUGGAGCUUAUUAAUGGCUAUCCCUUGUGUCAGAUUCGUCAGUUAGAUGAUCCAGCGUCAAUGUACAGCGAGUUAAUGGAACUCAUUGUCAAGCUUGCUAAUCAUGGUCUGAUCCACGGUGACUUCAACGAGUUUAAUAUCAUGUUGGAUGAUGAGGACCAUGUCACUAUGAUUGAUUUCCCACAAAUGGUGUCUACAUCUCAUGCAAAUGCUGAGUGGUAUUUUGACAGAGAUGUGAAAUGUAUUCGAGAUUUCUUCCUGAAGCGAUUCAACUAUGAAAGUGAACUCUUUCCAACUUUCCAGGAUAUUCAGAAAGAAUGUUCUCUUGAUGUAGAGAUUGCAGCUAGUGGCUAUACCAAAGAAAUGCAGGAGGACGACGACCUCUUACAGCCAGAGGGCCCUGAUUAUGAGAAACUAAAGGUGGACAUUACUGAGCCACAAACAGAAGAUUUUCAGUUGGAACCUGAUGUCCGUGACGAUGGUGACAAUAGCUUAUCUGAAGCCGUACAUGGCAAUUACAUGACAGAAUCUGCAGCCACGUCUGAACCUGAAUACAGGAAUGACAAUUGUACAGACUUGUCAGAGUUUCACAGUGCUUUGGCAGAACUGGAAGAUGGCAAACCCGACUCCAUGACAGAAAACCCAGUCUCUGCCGAUGAUGAUAGCAGACUUGAAAAGUCAAGUUCAGAAGAUGUUGAAAGACAAGACAGUGAUGUUGAAGCUGAAAAUGGAGAUCAAUGUCCGGAUCUUGUAGAUCUUUCUGGAACAAAUAAAGAAUAUAGACCAUUCAGAGAUGAAGACAGUUUGCAGCACAUCAAUGCACAUAGAAACAGGACUACAAGUUUAACAUCCGUGGCUACAGGCGGGAGCUGUUCCACCAUCCCACCAGAGCUGGUGAAACAGAAGGUGAAGAGACAGUUAACAAAGCAGCAGAAAGCGUCUAUCAGAAGACGACUACAGAAAGGAGAAGCCAAUGUGUGCACUAAGCAGCGCAGAGAGAAUAUGUUUAAUAUUAAAUGCAGUGUGGACGCAGCCAGCUUUUGGGGAUAG